GGCGGUGACGUGUUUCCUGCUGUCUGUUUAUGUCCGCCGUUCCUGCUUCGGCUUUAUUUUCUUUCUUUCUGCGGGUUUAUAGAGAAAAGACAAGACAACCGGGGGAUUUUGCAGCGUCUCUUUUAGAGCUGGAGUCCUAGGAUGGUCGAUAUUGUGUUAGUUUUGUAGUGAAGCUCUCGUUCCAGUAUGGAGUCGCCGCUGGUGGACGACGAUAUCUGCAUCCUGAAGCAUGAGACAGCAUACAUGGCGGAGAGUCCGGUGGCCGUGUGUUCGGGCGACGAGUCCGUGGCCUCCCACUUCGCUUUGGUAACGGCAUACGAAGACAUAAAGAAGCGCCUGCGGGACACAGAGAAAGAAAACACGCUGCUGCGCAAACGUGUUAAACAGCUGGAGGACAAGCUGUUUAGACCUGAAGCUCCACCCUCUGAGGGGCCACAAUACAUGAACAAAGCCUUCAGUGCUUAUCGAGGAAUCUAUAUGGAGAAGAAGGACCUGCAGGCAGAGCUGAAUAAACUGAAGAAGGAGCGAGCUGAGUCUGAGCGGAUGCUGACGGAGCAGCUGCAGGCUAAAGAGCUGGAGAUCCUGCAGCUCCGAUCAGAGAUGGAGACCAGCCAAGUGAUGAAGAGCCUGAGUGAAACGCAGGAUUACUGGCAGGUGGAUCGCAGUAGCUGCAGUGAGACUGGAGUGCAGCUCCACACACUGCAGGAGGAGCUGGACCAACUGAAACUGGAGAACAGCCGCCUGCAGAAACUCUGCUCCGCCACACCGGAUGUUUCAGACAGUUCAGUUGUUAAAAAUGGUGAAGGCCAGGAGGUGUCGCUGGACUCCAGGGCGGUGGCUGUGAUGAGGUCAUAUGAAGACAUGUGCAGUGAAAUGUCCCGUAUGCGUACGUUAGUGAAAACUCAGUCUGAUCUGAUGAAGAAGCUCAGAGACAGGCCGCUGCCCCCGGUGCUCCGGAGAGCUGCCUCUGCUCUCCCUGUGCAGUGUCUGGACGAUGUAGAGACCAACUCUUCUCCGGUCAGAGUGACUGUCCCUCGCCCCCCUAGCGCACCACCACUCCCUUCCAGCGGGGGGUGCCCUGGAGCCUCUCCAAUGGCUGAGAAUCUGCAGGAGAGUUUAUGGAAGACUCAGUGGCCGCUGCAACGUCCGGCCCCAUUGGGCAGCCCCGGCGGCCCCCCCACCCUGCAGAACCACGGCACCCCCUCUCUGGAUGACGGGUCCUGGUCCAUUCCCAGCCACCCCCGGCCCUGCGAUGCCCUUUUCUGGGAGGGGCCAAAGUCCAGCGGCUCCAGCUCUGAAUGGGCAAAGCCGUAAUGACCGAUGACCCUCACGUCCGACCGCAAAGACACCUUACCUGCCUUAAAGAGCACCAGCCUCUCUGUCGGGCUGCAAGAUUGCUUUAACAAUUGUUUCCCUGCACAGUCCAACCAAAAGAAGACCAACUAUCCUCUCCAGGCUCUGCCCCAAAGGUUCUACUUCAUAGCAACUGUUGUGAAGUUAGAGAAGCUUCACAGAAC